AAUAAUUAAAUAUUCCAGAGCUGAAAUAUGGGAAUCAGACCAAAGAUAGACCGAGCAGAUCUUUUGAGUUCUUUAUUCUGCUAUGCUUUUUAUACUUGUCUACCUACCUCUCAUAGAGUUUGGGCUGAUGUUCGUGAAGCCUUGUACAAGUGUUCCGAACAAGACUUAGAUCCUGAACUUGUUCAGAAUCAGCUGAUUUCUGACUUAAAGUAUCAUCCUGGAUCACGAGCUCCAGUUUCACGAUCUCAUCAAUUUCAGGCAUUCAACUGGUUCAGUAUUCAGGCAGAGGAGUUCAAAUGGAAACUUAUUCCCGAGUUCAGUUCCGUGUUAGAUAAAGAACUGGAAGAACUGCCAUUUGUCUACAGAACUUACCCGAGAGGAGAUAUUAGUGUGACAUUACUGGAGGAGAACCAGGACCAUCUGAGCCAUGGAACCACGGGCCUCAUCACGUGGCAGGGGGCUUACUGUCUUCUAGAUUGGGCAGAGUGGAGUGAAGAACUAAAGGGAAAAUCAGUCCUUGAACUUGGAUCAGGAAUAGGACAGUUUGGGUUAACUGCGGUCCAGUCUCUUCAGAUCAAAGAGUUUAUUUUCUCAGACUUCCAUCAUUCUGUUCUUAACUAUCUACACCUUAAUAUAAGUUUAAAUCUAGGAAAUCCACCUUCAAUGGAAGAACUGGAGGAGUUCAUGCAGAGGGGUUACUUGGAGCCUUACACAGCUGACACUGUUAGGUAUAGUACUAAAGAUUAUGAUGUGAAAAGUACAACUAAGGUUCGGGUUCAACACCUAGAUUGGAGAGAUUAUCAAUCAUCCCUUCUACCCAGGGUAGAUAUAGUUGUUGCCUCGGAUAUAGUAUUCGCUAAGGAGUUGCACCGCCCUCUCACAGAUACCCUGGUAGACAUCAUCAACACCAACUCCUGCCCAGCCUACAUUGCAUGCACCAGGAGGCAGGAGGAGGGCGUGGUUAAAGCAUUUCUUGAGAUGGUAGAGGAGAGAGGUUUAAGCUCUGAGAUAGUUUACGAUCGUGUAUACUCCCCAGCAGAUGGGAUAAUCGCUCACUAUGAAGGACUUCACCCUGUAAAGGUUUUCAAGAUACAUCAAGAUAGUCUAAGAACUGAGAAACCAUCAAAGGGAAAAGUUUAUUUCUAAGAAUUGUUAAAUUCUGUUUCUGAAACUUAGCAAAAACCCUUUACAAUCAUUGUUUAAUGUUUUCAAUAAAAAAAUAAAUAUGAACAAAAUUA